CGGGUAUGAUUGUUUUAUUGUCUUCGGUAAGCCGGCGAACUCCUUUCAAUUGACGCAGCAGUCGCACGACAGUCCACCUGCCGGUGCCUGUACACAAAUCAAGGGCACACGCCGUCACAUCAAGCUAGCGACCACAUCGGCUUGGAAAGCUCCGCCGGCUGGGAGACUGCUGGCUCAUCCAUCGUUAGCUUUUGUCAUACUCAGACUCUGUCCAGCGAUAAUUUGCACGUUUUAUUACAUUCUUUUGUCAUUCGUUGGUCUUCUUUUUUCCCUCCCGGUGACCAUGGCUGAUCCCAAAUACGCAAAUUUGCCAGGAAUUGCGUUUAACGAGCCGGACGUGUAUGAAACCGGUGACCUUCCUGAGGAUGACCAGGCUCAGUUUGAGUCGGAGCUGGAGGAGCUUUGCAGUGACAGCGUGGAGAGGAUUGUGGUCAACCCCAAUGCUGCUUAUGACAAGUUCAAAGACAAGAAUGUCAGCACCAAGGGACUUGACUUUUCAGACAGAAUCAGUAAAAGCAGAAGAGUUGGCUAUGAGUCAGGGGAAUUUGAGAUCCUUGGAGAGGGCUGUGGAGUGAAGGAGACUCCUCAGCAGAAGUAUCAGCGCCUAGUGAAUGAGAUCCAGGAGCUCACGCAGGAGGUGGACACCAUCCAGGCUGCCACAAAGGAAAGUAAUGCAGAGGAGCGCCUCACUCCAGUGGUGCUGGCCCAGCAGGCAGCCCAGCUCAAACAGCAGCUGGUUUCAGCCCAUCUCGACUCACUGCUUGGACCACAGGCACACAUCGACCUGGCUGACCCAGAUGGCGCACUGGCCAGGCGUCUGCUCACCCAGCUGGAAGCCGCUAAGGGCAGCCGUGGCAGCGCUGCAGGAGACAGCAAGCCGACAGCAUUAACUAAGGGCCCAGAUGGAGUGGUACUCUACGAGUUGCACAGCAGACCAGAGCAGGAGAAAUUUAAUGAGUCUGCCAAGAUGGCGGAAUUGGAGAAGCGUCUAGCUGAGCUGGAGAUGUCUGUUGGCUCAGGAUCAGACAAGCAGGGACCUCUGAGUGCUGGUGCUCAAGGAACCAGUUUGAUGAAUAAAUUACCGUAUAUGUAUAAUGUGUUUUCUCUCCUGCAGAGUGUCCUCGGGAAGAUGAAUGAGAUCGCUAAACACAAGGCAGCGAUUGAAGACGCUGAAACACAAAACAAGGUGUCAAAGUUGUAUGAUGUGGUGCAGAAGUGGGAUGCCAUGUCCACUUCCAUACCUCAGGUGGUGCAGAGGCUCGUUGCUGUGAAGGAGCUCCAUGAGCAAGCCAUGCAGUUUGGCCAGCUGCUGACACACCUGGAUACCACUCAGCAGAUGAUCAACAACUCCCUGAAGGACAAUAAUACCCUGCUAACACAGGUUCAGCAAACGAUGAAGGAAAAUCUUGUGGCUAUAGAGGAGAACUUUGCUGCACUAGACCAGAGGAUGAAGAAGCUUUCAAAAUAAAUGGUGGCAGAGUUUGGAUUGGUCCUGAAGAGUGUAGGACAUGGACAAUUUGGAGUUGACUAGAGAGCACAGUAAAGGGGGGGGUGUCCUGGUUUAACGCUGUCCUUUCCGGCCACUUUUCUCUUGCGCUCUACUUCCGCCUCUGCCUUUUUUCAUUAAGUGAAAUGCUAGAAAGUUGGAAAUGAUGGAAAAACGAAAGGAGACGGAUGUUCUCGUCCACCCUCUUUUCCUUUCUCUUGCAUCAAACUGUUGUCAUCUGAAACCACAUUUGUCCACACUAUUCAUGCAGCUGAUUGCAGUCCCCCCCCCUUAAGCUUAUGAGUUUUAGAGACCGGGUUGUUUUUAUAAUUAUUAGACUAGAAAAUUCUACCAUUCCUUUUGGACCUUCAUGCGAUUACUGGAUUUGUACUGUAAAUUUUUGGAAAAAUGAAAUGGAUGAAAAGAAAAACGGUGUAAAGCGGUGUAGAAAUAAAGAUCUAUUGUCCUAAGUUGUUGUAGCAGAGCACGUAUGUGCGAGCAUCAGGGCCGUGUCACCGAAGGACAGCUUGUAAAUAUGCCUGUGUACCUUAUUGUUUCUUCACGCUCAGUCGCUUGUAACUAUAUUAUUAUGACUGAGAGAGCAGACACCACAGACAAACUUUUAAUCUGCUUUGUCAUUGCCUACAAGUUCACUGUAUUGUUCAUCUGUGGUCAUGGAAACUGAUCAAUAAAACAAAGUGCUGUAA